ACAUACUUUUCAGUCUGAGAGCUGCGCCGCACUUUAGCUCUAGAGGGCGCAGUAUUAUUUUGGAAAUAUUUGUUGAUGGAUCGAUUUCGCCGAUGUCACCAAUCUGAAUCACUGCUAGAAUUUAAAAGCAAGUACACAAGUUAAGAGGGCCCAUUUUUUACAAGUACUGACUACUGGUAACCAUGGAGCCUGGGGCCACAAAGUACUGUACCAACUGCAAGCGGGAGAUUGCAGAAGGUAACUUCAUCAUGCAUGAGGUGCACUGUCGUAGGAACAUCACCUUGUGUACAGACUGCAAUGAACCUGUUCCCAGAUCAGAAAUGGAAGAACACUUUGAGGAAUACCACAAACCAGUGACCUGCAAGUGUGGAGAAACAGUGGAGAUAAGCAAAGUUGAAGAACAUGAGAAAAAUGACUGUGUCCAGAGGAUCAUGCACUGUGAAUACUGUGAGCUAGAUCUGCCCUUCUCUCAGAUGGCUGAGCAUUUAAACUACUGCGGAAGCCGCACAGAAUGUUGCCCAAGGUGUCAACGCUACAUCCAGAAUCGUGACCGGGACCAGCACGAAAUCACGGAGUGCGCGUUCCCCGAACAGAAACCUUCUGUCCCCAGGCAGCCCCUAACCAUGGGGUCCUUAUUCGAUGAUCUCGAAGGGUACGAUGAGACCACCUACCAUGCUGUGGCAAAUCGGUUUGCGUUCCCAGAGUACGUUGACCCGAGCGAUCUACUAGAUGAAAGUGCGACGAUGCCGUCGGCGAGAAACGUUAACUUGAGCAGUUCACAGUUCUACAGUAGAAGCAGGGAUAAUGGGAGCGGCGCUCAGGAUGCAAACUCAGGAGGACGUAACAGGAGACAGAGAAAGAAUCAGGAUAGAGUUCAGAACAUUUAUAAGAAUACCAACCAGAGAAAACCCGUAGCAAGCAAGAAAAAAGAUUCUACAAAGCAAUCCAACACCCUCGCAGCUGACCAGAUGGAGGCUGACCGGCUACUAGCCCUCAGCAUAUCCAAUGAGGAUGACCCUGGCCUUGACCAGGAGACCACUAGCAACCUUGAUUCCCUCCUUAGUAACCAUGGUAACAGGGAUUUAGAUGAGAGUGAGCUGGAUCUGUGGGAGAGCGACAGGGACUUGGGCUCUCCGUCAAGGAGACGGCUGAACAGCCAGGUUUCUCAGUCAGCGCUAUGGGACGCUUUAGAUGAGAAUGUUACUUCAGGAGAGGUUGUGAUGGCACCUUGUGAGUUCUGUAAUAAAGCGUUUCCUCUAGACGAUCUCAUACUGCAUCAGAGUGGCUGUCAAAUUGAAUCCCUGGACCUUAUACGUGAUUCUAGUCCUCCGACAUCAGUGCCUUCCAACAACCAGCAGCAGACCAUACCCCAAGGCUCAGCCCCAGCACAAACACCAGUACUAGACAAUUUGAGAAGACCCAACCUUCAAAGAUUGAUAAGCCCUGAACCGAAUUUCCAUUAUCAUACUGGCUCAUCUGAUGAGGGGACUUCUGUCAUGUUACCGUGUGAGUUCUGUGGAGCUCUCCUGCCCUGUGAGUUCCUACCUCAUCAUCAGUUUCACUGCGAGGAGAACGUACCCGCAAGGCCCAACCAAGAAGUGGAGUCGGCCCUCCAGGAUCUUUCAGAAGCUCCCCCUAGCCCCAGGUUGUUUACCAGAUCUACAGUAGGAGCCAGGAGCACGAUAGGCUCAUCAUUGUCAUCAUCGACCCCUCCAAAGAACAGGAAUCCUAGUAGAAGACAGGAGGAUUUGAUGCUGAGAAACAGGUUCCCAUCGUCAGGUCUUGAUGAAGCCGAUGGAGAAGGGAAGAACAGACAGUCAUCAAAGGUCAAGAGGUCAUUGGGUCAAGCCGACGAUGUAUCAGGAAGAGCGCAGUACAGUAGACCUUCAAAGAAUAAAAACAGCAAUCGUACAGGUAAGAGUGGUGGAGUUAAGGAGAAUGAUGUAGAUGAUUACCUAGCUAAUGAUGUACAUUAUGUAGGAUCUCAUUAUACAGGGACCACAUUACCUCUCAAAGCAAGUAAUAAAGAACCAAGAACGAAACCAGUAUCAAAGAAAUUCACCAACAGCGACUAUGCCAAUGACAACCUGAGCUCAAACACGACUUCUAAAUCCAAUACUCCAGCUGCUCGAACUUUCAAUAACAACAACAAGAAGCGCACCGAAAGGCAGGACAGUUUUCAUGAGACGCUUUCACAGUUUGACAAUGAUGCCUUGCUCACGAGAGAGGACAGGGGUUAUGUGGGAAGCGUGAAGAAAGCAAACUCUGGAAAGACUCCCAACAAGGGGGCGUUUAACACCGAGAGGACGGCAGGUGCAACAGGCUAUGUUCCGAGCUUUGCGACAGAUUCGAAUAGGAUGAAGAAAACAACAAAUUCAAAUUCUGUCAGACUUGCUCCCAGCUUCCCUGUGCCUACCAACUCGGUAAGAAGAGUACCUGUAGGCAACGGAGCAGGGCUUGAACCAGCGAUCUCAUCAGGUAUAUCAUCAAGGCCCAGAGGUAGCACCAACAAAACUUCUGCCAAGACAAGACCGAAGGCAACAAGGAGACCUAGCAGUCCAUCAUGAAAGCAUCUUGAUUCCCAAUCCCACAGCUAAUUAAUUUCACUGAUACUUAACAUAAGACCUGGGGCAUGCUAUGUAAUCUGACUUUAAUCCAAUUUCGGAAGAAUUUGAUAUGCACAUUCAAACCUGUACAAUAUUAAUGACCAAGAAUCUAAAUUGCAACAUGAUUUAUAAAAUCUAAAGUUUAAGGAAUUGGAAGCUUCCUUGUAAGAUGAAAAGCUAGAUUGGAUUUCAGCACAAAAGUCAUAGUGACUUCAACGCCUGGGCUCGUUGCACAAAACUUACCAUUGGUGGUAACUUUGCCAUCAAUUGUAACUACCAUGGAAACCUUGAUUGUGAUUGGCUGUUGAGCCUUGUUACCAUGGUAGUAGUUGCCAUUGAUAGCAAUUGGCUACGAUGUGAAGCAAAUGUGGCUUUUAUUUGAACUGGGAGGCUAAAAAGCACUAGAAUUCUGGUUGUUGAUAUUCUUAUUACUACUUCGAACCUCAGUCAGAAAUAUGAUGUUUGUUUAGAUUUCCAAAUUUAAUAUGAUUGCCAUUUCUUGAGAAAAAAAACAUUGCGGGAGGAUCGUAUAGUGUGCGGUGGGCUUAAGACCUGAGUGCUUAGGAAGCAAGUGUAUAAGACCUACAGCACUUAGUCUUAUCUGUAGGACUAGGUGAUGCAGUGCACCACCUAGGCCUCAAAACAAGGACACCAUCUCACAAAAACAUUUUAAGUGAAAGCUCCCCAACAUCCUGUUGAAACUGUGUAAAGUUUAUACUUGUUUGAGUAGGAUGUUAUCUUUGACUUUGCCAGUUUGAGAAGCUGCCCAGGUUAAUUGCCCAUGAUUAUUGUUUAUUGAGCCAAACUGCUUCUUUAUUGAUGUUUGAUUUGAAAUGCAUACAACCUUAGAGUUUCUUUGCAAACCCAAUUUAUGGUAAGAAACAUGGUAUUUUACUUAAUGUCCAGUUCACUCUGUGAGACUUGUAUUCCUGUGAUCAAUAAUUCACUAUAACUGAAAUCUUAAUGUAUAUAAAAUGAUUUUAUAUCUCCUAUAAUUAUAUAUCGCCAAAUACUCCAAUAAAAGUAGACUUGGAUUUAUACUUGUCUUUCAUAUUUACUUAAAA